GUUUCGCCACCGGAAGUACCAAAGGGAGCGGAAGUACCGGCUUGUGGAGUAGCGUCUCGUGUCUGUUUGCAGCAUGUCUGCUAUAGGAGUUCACUUUGGCUACACCUGCGCGUGCGUGGCGAUUUUUAAGGAUGGACGUGCUGAUGUGGUCGCCAAUGAUGCUGGAGACAGAGUGACCCCCGCUGUGGUGGGCUUCAGGGACACGGAGCAGAUUGUAGGUUUAGCAGCGAAGCAGGGAAGAAUCCGCAACGCCGCCAACACCGUGGUUAAAGUGAAGCAAAUGCUGGGGAGAAGAUUUGAUGAUCCUGAAACAAAAGUUCACCAAACUGAAACCAAGUGUCAGGUCGUAAGCAAAGACGGGAAGCCUUAUUAUGAGAUCACAGUGGGACAGCAGCCGCAGCACGUCGCUCCAGAGGACGUGGCGAAACUCAUCUUCAGCAAAAUGAGAGAAACGGCUCAAUCUGCUCUGGGAUCGGACACAUCUGAGGCCGUCAUCACGGUUCCCUUCGAGUUUGCACAUGCUCAGAGACGCGCCCUGAGGGAGGCGGCUGAAGCGGCAGGUUUCCGUGUGUUGAGGAUGAUCCACGAGCCCGCCGCCGCAUUGCUGGCCUACGACGUGGGACAGGACUCUUCGUCCGGGAAGAGCCACGUGCUGGUCUACAAACUGGGAGGAACCUCCCUGAGUGUGACGGUUCUGCAGAUAAACGGGGGAAUAUUCCGGGUUCUCAGCACCAAGACCGACCACGGCAUCGGCGGGGAGAGCUUAACCCAGGCCUUGGCCCAGCACCUGGCGUCCGAGUUUAAACGCGUCUACAAGCAUGAUGUGAGCAGUAACGCCCGCGCCAUGCUGAAGCUGAUGAUCAGCGCAGACAUGACCAAACACUCGCUCUCCUCACUGGGAUCCGCCAACUGCUUCGUGGACUCCCUGCACGACGGCAUCGACUUCGAGUGCAACGUGUCCCGAGCUCGCUUUGAGCUGCUCUGCUCCUCCCUCUUCAACAAAAGCAUCCAGCCAAUUAGGUCUGUGCUGGCAGAGGCGGGGCUGUCCACCUCAGAUAUUAACAAGGUGGCUCUCUGUGGGGGCUCGGCCAGGAUCCCUCGGCUGCAGCAGCUGAUCCGGGAGAUGUUUCCUGACGUGGAGCUGCUGAACUCGGCGCCUGCUGAUGAGGUCAUUGCUGUGGGAGCGGCUUUAGAAGCCGGCCUGCUGGUGGGCAGAGAAGGCCUGGCGCCGGAGGAGGAGUCCGUCACCGUGGAUGUUUCUGCUGCUGACAUUUUACUAAAGGAGGUGGAUGAAGCCGGAGCGGAGACCUUCACGCUUCUCCUUCCGUCAGGAACUCCCCUUCCUGCCCGCAGACAUCACAGCCUGCCUGCAGACGGACAGCUGUCCUCCCUCUGUCUGGAGAUAUACCAGAGAUUCUCCUCGGAGCGGCCGGACCUUUUGUCCAAGAUGAUCCUCAGAGAGCUCCAGCCCGUGCAGGACAACCGCUGCAUCGACGCCGUGGUGACCAUGAAAAGGGACGGCUCUCUGCACGUCUCCUGUGUGGACCGGAGCACCGGAAGGUCGGAGGCCGUCACCAUUGCAGCUGCUGCUGUAUGACAGACCUUUUUAUACUCAAUAAACGGCAUCAAGUGAAGGUU